AUGACAGACCAAGCCAUUCUGCUUAACAUAAGCGACAUGAUCGAUUUGGCCAUUGGAACUCCAGAAGUGGGUGUAGUGGACUUCAACAUGCUCCAAACGGUUCUUCACUGCCUGGCCCAACAGCUGAGAGUUCUGGGCAAGAACGUAGAGCUGCGCGGAAGUGUCGCCACGCUGCCUCUCAACAGGGAGAAUAUCCAGACCAUAGCUAUCAGCGAAUAUGUCGUGGACACUGAGGGAUCUGAUGAAAAAGCAAAAAAAAUCGAAACGAAAGGAGCUGCGCCGUCGCCGCCGCCUGAAGAACCACCAACUAUGCUAGUCGUGUCCGUGGUGCACAGUCCUCCUCGGGCUACCUCCCCCGCCCCAGCAGCGGCUGUCUCCGCUCCUGCGACGGCAGCGCCACCAGCUCCUCCACCCCUUGCUCCCCUGAAAAUCCCUUCCAUCGAGAAACUUUCCCUGGUCACCCGCAGCAAGUUCAACAUACUGGAGAGCGCAGUGGAAGACCUCAAAAACAGAGUGUACUCUAGCAUACCGAAGAAUGAAGAAAUCUUGCAGGAAGUCAGAUCACAAACAAAUCUAAAAGCAAUCACAGAUAUGUGGACAUCUCUUAACGUUUCUUCCCGACUAGAGGCCGCUGAGGCUGGGAUAGCCAAGUUGAGUUCCCUGGUACAGGACCUCAUAGGAGAAACGACACAGUUGCAGGACGCUAUGAAACGACGUGCCAGCCAACCGCCUGCCCCCGCUGCACCACCACCAGCACCCGCUCCUCCACCUGCGCCUGCACCACCUCCUCCCCCUCCUCCACCAGCUCCCGCCCCCGCACCGGCUCCUCCACCACCCGCCCCGGCUCCUGCGCAACCCCCACCACCACAAAUUCAAUACAUACAAGGCAUCCCAGAAGUUACCAAACAAGACUUAGCGAAUUUCCAAACGGCUUUGGAACGUUUGAGAGGCGACUUAGACAAUUUGACGAACACUUUCUACACCACGAUAGAGGAUCUUCAGGGUGGAUUGCUUGAUUUACAAUCUCAACCACCUCCGCCGAUGCCGGUAGCGCCCCCGCCACCGCCACCAGCUCCUGGUGUGCCAGCGCCAGCACCUGCGCCUCCUCCACCACCAGUAGAUCGUCGGCCAAGACAAUCGUUCACGCAGUUGACGUCUAACCUCAUGGAGAAGAUAAACGAAUUAGAGAAGAAGAUGAAAAUAUGUUGCGACAGCAUGGCGAAAAACGAGGGCGUGAUGAAAGACCAGCUCCACUCUUUCCAAGAUCAAAUAGAAUAUUUGCUGAAGCAAGUGGCUUCGCUGAGUCAAGAACUUGCUAGCGGAAAAUUGUCACCUGACUUACUUAAAGAUUUGCAAGGGUUGAUGGCUCUCUUCCAAACUGUGCAAGACAUGCAAGAGCAAUUGAAACAGGUGCACCAAACCGCGUUACAACUGGCUGCGGAGAAGGAGGAAAGGCAGGGAAAUAUGAAUGCUUUAUUGGAACAAAUCGAAUUGCUGAAGACAAUAAAAAUGGAUCGCGAGGACAUGGAAGAGGCUAUGGCUGAGAAGGCUGACAUGCGACUGCUGGCCCGCAAGGUGUCUCACGAUCAGUUCGAGCUGGCCUGCGACGACCUGUCUCGGGGACUAGAGCAUGCACUAGGAAAACUUAACUUACAGGAAGCGUUAUGGCAACAAGCUUUGGACGACAUUCAGCGCGAGAUCGAAACAAAACUGGACAAGAUGGAACUUUCUCCGGUCAGAGACUUCUUCAACAACAAGCUGAAGCAGCUGCAGGAUAAUCUCAAACAGAUGGCGUCACUGAGGCGCGAAGCAGAAGCCGCAGGGACAAAGAAGAAAUUGCUCAGAGAUGUUAACUGCAUAUCGUGUGAUGCGCGCGCCGUGAUGCCGAUGGAGGCAGCCAGCACCCUGCCAGUGAGCAAGCCCAUGCAAGCCACCUUCUCCAUGAAGCCAUACCUCAGCUAUGAAUUGGAUGCUAUACGCAAAUCUCAAGCGAGCAACUUACCGCAGCGAAACAUGCACGAUUGGGAAAACAUCGACAAGCAAAUGGUUAAACCACCGCCCAAGGCGAAGUCUGAAUCGGACAAGCCGGACAAACACAUCUGCAACCGUUACUGUGGCGGCUCACACACGACGACGACGCCUGCGCAGCGCGUGGCACGCCUCGGCCACUUCAUCAAGCAGUGGGGACCGGACGUGUUGCCGCUGUCUUCAGGAUUGGCGGCCGGGGAUGAUGGCAAGAUGUACAGGGUGACAACAACUGAAGCCGCAAAUGUUGGUCCAGGCGGUGCUGUGGAUCAAACGUGCACACCCAAGCCAAGAAAAUCGGAGACGCCGAAAGCUCCCCAGAAACCUAUGGUCAUCAGUGCGGAGUGUCGCUGCUUAGAAGGAGAUCGUCCACCGAAGUGAUUGUAUUUAAUUGUUAUAUAUUAUUUUUUUAUUUGAUCUGUGAAUGUACAUGUAAAUAAAAUAAAAGAUAUUCAUUUUG